GAAAUCAUGUAAAUCACAGUCCACCACACCCAGACCAUAGCGAGCCCACAAGUUUCCGCGUAUCCUCCACCUUGUAUCUUUUGCUUUCGUAGUCCCGUUUACGCGUCGGAAGUUGUCUCCGUCUCCAGAGAGCGUCUCGUCCUGCGCACCCACCGGUCCUCACCGUCAGCGAGCUCUGAAAUGGGGUACGGCAGCCCUUCAGCGAUCCUCACACUCAUCGGUCUCAUCCUGAUUUGGCCGUAUGUGUUCACCAGGAGUGUCUCACCCAGACCGCUGAGCUCAGACGGCCCUUCUCUGCCUGCAGAGAAGGGAGAAGAGCUCCACCAUGUGGCGAAGAGGUCGACACAGAGCUGCGACAGCUCCUUCGACAACUUCUGCCUGAACAACGGCAAGUGCAUGCUGCUGGUGGACAUCAACGAGCACCACUGCAAGUGUGAGAGUGGCUUCUACGGAGCCAGGUGCGCCAACGCAGAGCUGGUCUUCCGGCCGCUGGGCGAGGAGCAAAUCGUUUUUGUCGUUUUCUGCGUGAUCCUGCUGAGCGUCGGUUUGGCCCUAGCUCUGUACUUCUUCUGCAAAUGGUAUAGGAAAAGCAGAUUCACACGUAAGCAGAAGCGUCAAGGCUACAAAGGAGUCCAGACCCCCUAAAGUGUCCCACACGCUCGACGGAUCCGCCGCUGGAACAGACAGACCAGGAUCUCUCUCUGGUUCCUACGUGGAAACUUUCACAUACUAUGAUGCUUACUGGAUUGUUCCCUCUCGCAGAACAGGACGUCAAGCAGGGAGAUUACCUUUAGAGAUUAAAAUGUUAAAAAAAGAAACAGCUUUGUGUGCGGCGCGAUUGUUUUCCAGCUGCACUGGUUCUAAAGUUUCGGCACCUGUUACACUCAGUUUGAAAAGAUGAAUAGUGAGACGCACAAAAAGGGUUUCUGUGGGUGAAACCACCCACGUGAUGAUGGAGAGUGAACAAAACACGAGGGGUGAGGACGGGCUGUGGAAACUUCAAUGACUUGCAGUGAUUCAUGCCUUAUGAAAUUAAAGCCUCGAUGAAAUUUUUGUGAUUUUAAAAAAAAAAAUGUAAUUCAUGGCCCCCAACCUCUCUGAACUGAAAAAGAUCAGUCACAUCUUUUAAACCAGCCGCUGAGAUCAUAAAAAUAAUAAUAAUAAUAAUUGUCAAGCCUUCAUCUGCCUGCCUUAUGUAUUUUAAAUUAAUGGCUAAAAUUGAGUUUUACACAGUUGUAUUGUACCUUGAACUUUAAUUAUUUAAUUUAAAGUUAGCAUUUCUGCUUGGGAAUCUUUAUUUAUUGUCACAUUUUGCCAUUUUGCAGCUAUAAAUACAUAAAAGAAAAACUUUUACUGUCACUGCUACUGCCUUCAGACUGGUCAGACCGGAGCAUAACGGUUAUAUAACGGAUGUUUGGAUCGAAAGUAUUUUCAUUUUUCAUAAUUUAUUUUAAAGUAUUAACGCGUACACUGGAUCCUUGUCUCUGUUACUGCUGAAAACAAUGAAAACAACUUGAAUUUUUUUUAUUAUUUUUUUUAUUAUUAUUAUUAUUAUUUUGCUCCUUCAUGUUUCAAUGCCUUCACUCGUGUUUCGUAUGAUAAGGGUGCAGUCUUUGCAUUCUUCUGCAUUUCUCACAUUGUCUCACAUUUCUCUUUAAAGAAAAUCAGUCCGUGGAAGAAAAAAGAUAAUCACCAUGGCAACGUUACCUGUACAUGUCUAAUAAAAUAUGAGUGCAUUUCA